UGACGAGGUUGGGGGAGCUUAUUUGUGCCAAGGAUGAUGAUGGCGACACAAUAUUGCAUCGGGCUGCUAGGUGCAAACAAUUAAAGUUUGUCGCAGAAUUGGUGGAGAUGGAUAAAAUAGAGCUGCAGACACAGAAUUCUUUGGGCAAAACAGCGAUGCAAAUCUUGACAGAGAGUGAUCCAUCCAUAACUCAUGAAGAUUUACACAUGCUAAAACCUAAGAUUCCAUCAACAAUUAAUAAAAUAUCAAAGGUCUUCCCCGACCUGAUCGACACGACAAUGGUGGUGGUGGUCCUGAUAGCAACCAUGGCGUUCCAGGCUGCUGUCAGCCCCCCAGGCGGGGUGUGGCAGGAAGACACGACAUCACACAAGGCUGGAGAUGCGGUGAUGGCAUCAACUCAUCCCAAACUAUACAAACAGUUCAUUCGUGCUAACAACACAGCCUUCGUAUCAUCAAUCAUCACAAUCUUCCUCAUCACUACCCGGCAGCCAUCGGGACGCAUUUUUUUCAUGCUCAUCUCCUUAUUCACAACGUGGGUAUCACUUGCAUCUAUUUCACUCAGCUAUGGAGCUUCCAUAGUGGUCAUCUCUCCGAAUACAGACACACAAUCACUUGUUGUUCUUAUUAUCAUUGUGGUGGUUGUGUCACUAAGCAUCAUAGGAUUCAUAUUUGUGUAUAAUACUAUCAGUGAAUGCCGGACGAGAGAUAACCAUUCAACUCUUCGUCAAAUAAAGACGCUGGAGGAUAUACUCAUCUUCCUCACUGAAAAGCUAAUUGUACGAUCGUCCCAGCCAGUGCAGUGGAAUGUAGAACAAGGGGGUGAUACUGAAGCAGCCCAAGCCCAAGCUCAAUCCCAACGUCUCCACCCAGCCCGUAAUCUACAAAGGCCCAACUACUUGAAAGAAGACUUCAUCUAG